AUGGAGAGAGAUCAGAACAAUCACGUUGAUAACUUACACGAUGAUAAAAUAGAUCAUAAAAUGAGUAGAGAUUACCGCAAUAUGGGACAUCAUCCAGCCAUGCUUCAUUUACACUCCGGCAUUGAACACUUAAGUAAUGUCGACGUAGAGGUUAAGUUGGCAAGAGACGUAAGAGGUUCUUUAGGUUUAGGAUUAUCCUUAGAAUUAUGCGUUGUCUGCGGAGACAGAGCAAGUGGUAGGCAUUAUGGAGCUAUAAGUUGCGAAGGCUGCAAAGGUUUCUUUAAACGCAGUAUUCGUAAGCAAUUAGGUUACCAAUGUAGAGGAAGUAAAAGUUGCGAAGUUACCAAACAUCAUAGAAACCGUUGCCAAUAUUGUAGGCUUCAAAAGUGCCUGGCAAUGGGUAUGAGAAGUGACUCUUGGGGUGUUGUAGCCGUUCAGCACGAACGAAAACCAGUAUUAGGAGAAACUGCUGGAGCAAAAGUUGGGAGUCGUAGUCCCAGAGUCAAACCAGAACCACAACAGCCUGUUCCUGAAGCUCCUCAAACUUGGGAACAGCCUGAAAGUCCUAGUAUGGAAGACCAAAGCAGCGACAGCGAUUUAAGUGAUGCUUUGACGUUAGCCAGGGAACGUUUACUAAUAUCUCAUGCAUUGGAUAGUAUGGCUAAGCUUAUUGGUGAUAGUGUUAAUGGUUCCAGUGAACCAGACGAAGAAUGGACGGGUCAAUUAAUCUCGGAAAGGCAUACAUUGUUUGAACUGAGAGCACCUAGCCCUGCUCCUGCAUACUUAUCUAUACAUUACAUCUGCGAAAGUGCAGCGAGGUUAUUGUUCUUGUCUGUACACUGGGCAAGAGGGAUUCCUGCUUUUCAAGCCUUACCCUGCUGGGGACAAUUAUUUACGUUGGGUCUUGCACAAUGUGCAUAUACUUUGUCCCUUCCUAGUAUUCUGACAUCCAUAAUAAAUCAUCUACAAGCUAGUAUCGCACAAGAAAAAAUUACCGCUAGCAAAGUGAAGUCCGUUACAGAACAUAUAUGCAGAUUGCAAGACUGUGUAAGUUCAUUACACAAAUUGCAAGUAGAUUCCGUCGAGUAUGCCUAUCUUAAAGCCUUAACGCUCUUUAGUGCAGAUAAUGUACUGGCUGGUAUUUGGCGUAAAAAAGUUGAAGUUCUACAAGAAGCAGCGUGGACGGAAUUACAACAACGAGUAGGAUCUGAUAGAUUACCUCGUCUUUUAUUAAAACUUGCACCUCUUCGUUCGAUUAAUCCUAGAGUGUUAGAAGAUCUCUUUUUUGCAGGUCUUAUUGGUAGGGUAAGCGUAGCUAGUGUAGUGCCUUAUAUUCUGACUAUGCAAGAUUGUAAACCAGAACCUGAAAGUCACAUGGGGUGA